AAAUUAAAAAAUCCUCAUAACUCAAUAAUUUGCUCACUAAUCACUUUCCAAUAAUAAUCCUUUAUUUGCAUAGCGAAAAUGAAUAUGCAUAGCUAUUUCUCAAUGUUUAUCCAGACUUUAGUGUUUACAGUUCUUGCGACCACAACAUUUUCAGCACUAACACCAAAUUACUAUGACUACACAUGCCCCAACGCUUUGACCACCAUUGAAAGUGUUGUGAAAGCUGCAGUGCAAAAAGAGCACCGUAUGGGUGCUUCUUUACUACGCUUGCACUUUCAUGAUUGUUUUGUUAACGGUUGUGAUGGUUCAAUUCUACUAGACUCUACACCUUCCAUGGACAGCGAAAAAAACGCAAAUCCAAAUAUCCAAUCAGUGAGAGGAUUUGAAGUGGUUGAUGAAAUCAAGCAAGCAGUUGAUGAAGCAUGUGGAAAACCAGUUGUUUCUUGUGCAGAUAUAUUGGCUGUAGCUGCUAGAGACUCUAUUGUUGCUUUAGGAGGGCCAUCAUGGAAUGUAAGACUAGGAAGAAGAGACUCAAAGACAGCAAGUCGUGGUGAUGCAGAUACAGACAUCCCAGCACCUUUUUUUAGUAUUUCUCAACUCAUCAAAAACUUCAACAAUCAUGGCCUAAAUGAAAAGGAUCUUGUUGCUCUCUCUGGAGCACACACUAUUGGAUUUUCACGUUGUGUUCAAUUUAGGGACCGUAUAUUCAACGACACCAACAUCAAUCCUUACUUUGCAAACAAACUUAAACACAUUUGUCCAAGACAAGGAGGAGACUCCAACCUUGCUCCUCUUGAUGUUACCCCGGCGCAAUUUGACACGUCAUAUUUUUCGGAUUUGAUUAAAAGGAAAGGUGUUCUGCAUUCUGAUCAGGAAUUGUUGAAUGGUGGUUACACAAGUGCAUUGGUUAGAAAAUAUAGGCGUGAUACAAAAACUUUUUAUAAGGACUUUGUGAAAUCUAUGAUUAAGAUGGGAAAUAUGAAGCCACUUACUGGUAGUCAAGGUGAAAUUCGUUACAACUGCAGGAAAGCCAACUAAUUCGUCAAUGUUUUAAUUAUAUGAGAUUCAAUACAAAAUUGUUGGGCACAAGUGUUAUAAUAUAGUUGUGGGUUUAGAUAUAAGUCAUAAAUUUUGUAUUAGGCCAUGUAUGUACCUUAUAAUUUCAUUCAUUUUCUGUUUAAUAUUGUAAUUGUAAUAAUUAUAUGUGGUUGAUUGGUUGUCUUGUUUACUUUUAUUGUUGCAGCAUAAAUAAACAAAUUUUCCUCAUUGGACAAAGUCUAUUAUUGUCAUAA